GAUACCCUAGAUCCCGUCUCCCCUCUGCCCUUCUUCUUUAAGCUCUGUACUUCCUCAUCCCUUCUUUCUUUCUUUCUCUUUCGCCUCUGUUCUUCGUAUCACUGCUCUGUUUCUGCUCUGUUUCCUCCCGCCUCCUCGUCGGGCUAAAUUGGGAUAUAAUAAUCGAGAAAUGAGCAGCGGGGGAGACAUGAAUCAGCAGCAGCAGAUUCAGCAGCACCAGCAAUGGAUGGCGAUGCAACAGUACCAGCAGCAGUGGAUGGCGAUGCAGUACCCGCCGGCGCCCAUGGUCAUGUACGGCCAGCACUACCUGCCUUAUUACCCGCAGAACCACCCCCAGCAGCCGCCGCCGCCGCAGCAGUUCCAGCAGCAAAAGCUAUCUCCGCCGCGGCCGCCUCAGAAUCAGUGCUCCGGCGGCGAGGAUAACCGGACGAUCUGGAUUGGAGAUCUCCAGCAGUGGAUGGACGAAGGGUAUCUCCAUUCUUGCUUCGCUCCCGCGGGAGAGGUACUUUCAGUAAAGAUUAUUCGCAAUAAGCUGACCGGUCAGUCAGAGAGAUAUGGCUUUGUUGAGUUCAGUGCCCAUGCGGCUGCUGAGAAAGUCUUGCAGAACUAUAGUGGCACAAUGAUGCCAAACGCGGAACAACCAUUUCGCUUAAAUUGGGCUUCGUUUAGCACUGGUGAUAAGAGAACACCGCCAGAACCUAGUUCCGACCUAUCCAUUUUUGUUGGAGAUCUGGCCGCUGAUGUCACUGACACACUACUGCACGAAAUCUUUGCCACCAGAUAUUCUUCCGUUAAAAGUGCAAAGGUAGUUGUUGAUUCAAACACAGGGCGCUCAAAAGGAUACGGUUUUGUAAGAUUUGGGGAUGAAAAUGAAAGGUCACGUGCCAUGACUGAAAUGAAUGGUGAGUACUGUUCAAGCAGGCCCAUGCGGUUAGGCGUUGCAACUCCUAAGAAGCCUUCAAUGCAACACCAGCAUUCUUCCCAAGGUGGCGGGUUUGCUUCAAAUGGAGCUCAAACCCAUGGCUCCCAGUUUGACAGUGAUUCUUCCAACACAACGAUAUUUGUGGGCGGACUUGAUUCUGAUGUCACUGAUGAAGAACUAAGGCAGUCCUUCACUCAGUUUGGCGAUGUGGUAUCCGUUAAAAUACCAACUGGAAAAGGGUGUGGUUUUGUACAAUUUGCUAUUAGGAGCGCGGCCGAGGAUGCAUUGGAGAAAUUAAAUGGUUCAUUUAUCGGGAAGCAGACGGUUCGUCUUUCAUGGGGUCGCACUCCAUUAAACAAGCAGCAAGGGAGAAGUGAGAACAAUGGCCAUUGGAAUGGAGCUUAUAAUGGAAGGCAGAGCCCCGGCAGAUAUGGAUAUUAUAUGUCACAGAAUAGGGAUCAAGGCAUGUAUGCUGCUGCUGCUGCUAGCUAUGGCAAUCACCAGCAGCAACCUGUGAGCUGACGUGGCAUUCCCGCGCGGCUGUACUGUUUGAGUUAUACCUCAGAAAACUAAAAUGGGCCCCUUUUUUUCUUAUGUAUUUGUGCUAUUUUAAAUUUGAGACUGAUAAUAAAAAUCAGUUGUGUGAGAAUUUUGUAGCUGGAUUGAAUUCAUCCAUUAGCUAGUUCAUGGAUACAUGCAAUCUGUGCACAUUUGGAACCUGAAGUUUAUCAUAAUGUUUGGUGACUUCACUAUCUCUGCAAGGUGAGAAUAUAUAGGGUCUAGAUGA